CCUUACAGGAGUUGACUAUAUAACCAUUGAACAGCUCUCACUCUAAGCUUUACAUGUAUUCAUAAGACUCUUUCUUUCAACGGAAAGUGAGACACAUAUCUAAGGACAACAAAGUUGAAACAGACUUUCAUAGGUUGAAACACGACCUACUAGGCUGAAACAAACCUAAUGAAUUAUCCAGAACACAGAACAUUCCACAACACUUCAUAUAAGACUACAAAAGAAGAGGACAACAAACUAAAUUCUCCCAAGAACUCACCACAUUACCUCCCACGAAGUAGAAAAGUCAGAGAUCAUGGACUUAAGGACUGGCAAGAAGUCUUCACCAACCUCUGUUUGUCUAUCCUUCAACUUGUAAAAGAGUCGCUUCACUUCACCACCCGCAUAUUUCAAGGAAUAGAUAUCCUAGCAGCUGUACAAGAAAUGGAGACCACAGAAGAGAGGGAGGAGGUACUAAAAGAAUAUAAACUUCAUGAUGUCUCAUGUCCUCUACAGACAUACAUCAUACAUUGUCUUAGGACAAAUUACACUUUCACUCUGGUAGUCUAUGGUUCAAUCACUUAUGGAUUGAGCUUCAGAACUAUCAAGCAUUUCUCUGCUGACAACUCUAUGCAUAAAGAUAUUUCAAAAGAGACAGACUAUGCUCUUAGUUACUUGCUCCUUCAUUGCGUAUGA